AUGAUUACAUGGAAUUAUUUUUAUUAUUUUAAUUUUUAUUUUUAUUUUUAUUUUUAUUUUUUUUGUAACUAUUUUUUUUUUUUGUUUAAGCAAAUUGUCCACCUCAUUUUUAAAUUCUUUGCAAAGAAGGAAUUUUUUUUUUUUUAUUUUUUUUUAAUUUUUUUUAAAUUUUUUUUUUUAAAAUUAGACCCCGAUUUGCCCUCAAGCCCUGCGACUAAUCUUAAUUAUUAA